AUGACCGCCGUCUCAGCUAAGGGAGAACUGUUUGUCUACAACGAGGAAGAUAACCUCACACUGUUCGAGUUCGAUCGGCCGGUCGAAGGGGAAGCUCCAACCACAGGGCUCCUGUUCAUGGCGGGCCUCACUGAUGGGUUUUUAAGACCCUACUAUCCAGCUAUGCUAGCGAGGAGAGGCCUCAGAGUAUUCCAGGUGUUGAUGCAUUCGUCAUACAGUGGGUACGGUUACUCCUCCCUAGACUCGGACGUGGAGGACAUGACUCGUGCCUUAGCCUUCCUCAAACAGCAUCGUGGAAUAGACCAUGUGUUCCUACUAGGGCACAGUACAGGGUGCCAAGACGUAGUGUACUUCAUGAAGUCGCUCCCGCCAGAGAAUCACAGCCUACCACAAAUCCGGGGAUGUAUCCUACAAGGCGCUGUAUCGGACCGUGAUGCAGUGGACUUUGCCGUGAAAGAAUCCGAGGAGGAGCAAGAGAACCUCCUCAGAAUGCGCACCCUGGCGAUGUCACUCCUCCAGAAGGAGCCCCGGCAGCUCAUGCCUCCUGAGGCCUCGAUGUUCACCUCUGGCCACCCGAUCAAUGCAUCACGAUUCGCAUCCCUAUUCUGUCGAGAGGGUGGCCCAGAUGAUAUGUUCAGUCGUGACUUGAGCGACGAUGAGCUCGAGGACGCCGUGGGUCAUAUGGCCGAGGGUCCUCCUGUCAUGUUGGUCCAAGGCUUGGAUGACGAGUACUCCUCAUGA